CUUCCGGUCUUUAUCAGUGCCUCGCUUAUUCUCCUAUACGCAGGAACCUUCGCCCUCGAACAAUCUUCUAGGCCAGGCAGAGCUAUUAUAAGAAGUCGCCGGGCUGCUAGCGCUAAGAGAGCAUCUGUCCUAAAAGUCAGGGCUUCUCCUGCAAAGGCUAAGGCUCCUGCAAAGGCCAAAACGCCUGGAAACCCUAAAGCUCUUACAAAAGCUAAGCCUAACGCCCCAAAGUCUGCAAAUAAGGCUAAGACUCCUGUCAAAGCUCCGGUCUGUAAAGUCAGCGGAAACAAAGGAAAGAAAACUAAGCGAGCCAAUAUAUUACCAACUGGGUAUUAUAAGGCCAAUAUCCUUAACUAUGGCGAUUAUUCUACCUGUGAUUUGAGGGGUAACUCUAUCACGCUUCCCUGCGACCCCCUCUAUCCAUGCACGGAUAAUCUUAAGCACUUCGGCUGCCAGGCCUUGGGCCCAUCUUCGCGAACAGCUAGGUACGGCCUUGUAGCAACUUUUUAA